GAUCGCUUGACUCCAAAAAGUAAACAGACUUGUUUUGAGCUGUCAAAAAUGUAGAGGCCUCACAAAUUAAUGCGUUUAAGAACCGUCGUUACUGGGGCAUCUAAAUGUACAUGGACGAUACCACGGAAGUUAGCAGAAGAUAACGCAAUGAAGCCCGAGUACAAGUUUCCUGCUAUGGCUGAAGACAGAGACCUGGGGCGGCCUCCAAUUGGAGAACGUCGCAAGGGCCGACAAACAUUCUGGAGCUCGUCCCACUUCUGCAGCCUGCUAGACGGCCUGGUGGGGCUCAGACAGUCCGGGCUACUGUUUGAUGUGGUGCUCCUGGUGGAGGGGCGACCCAUACAGGCUCACCGCAUACUGCUGGCAGCCUCCUGUGACUACUUCAGAGGAAUGUUUGCUGGAGGGCUUCGUGAGACGCAACAAAAUGAGAUCCCGAUUCAUGGAGUAACAUACUUAGCCAUGAAGAAAAUACUUGAUUACAUCUACACUUCAGAGAUUGAGUUAGACCUGGAGUGUGUACAGGAUGUUCUGGUUGCUGCCACUUUGUUACAGCUUGAGAUUGUCAUUGGCUUCUGUUGUGACUUCCUCUACUCCUGGCUGGAUGAGACAAACAUUUUAGAGGUCCACCAUCUUGCUGAUAUGUAUGGACUGGAACAGCUCAAAACUCGAGUCCACUCCUACAUCCUCAAGAACAUCCAGAGCCUGUCUCGGACUGAUGUGUACCGACAGCUGCCCCAAGAGGAGGUGUACAGGGCCCUGAGCAGUAAUGAGCUUCAGGUGAACAGCGAGAAUGAGGUGUAUGAGGCAGCGCUGCACUAUCACUUCAGCCCAGAGCAGGUGGAAACUGACCAGGUCUACCUCCAGGUCAGUCAACAGGACAACCUGAAAAUGCUGGAGACGGUGCGCUUCUGUCUGAUUGAGAAGCAUAUAUUGGAGAGGUUGCACAGCAGACUCAGCCCAUGUCCUCUGAGGGAUCUGGUUUCUGAAGCUCUUAAAUAUCAUGAACUGGAAAUCCUGCAGCCUGUCCUCCAAAGUCCUCUGACUCAGCCACGCUCCACUCUGCACUGUAUCCUGGGAUUUGGGGGCAUGUUCUGCUCCAUCCCAUACAUCGACCCAGAACCUCUGUUUCAGGUGUAUCACCCGAGCUGGGGCGAGUGGAGGACUCUGAAUGCAGCGCCUGGUCCACAGAUGUCCAACCAGGGCAUUGUGGUGCUUAACAAUUUUGUGUACCUCAUCGGUGGGGAUAAGAACACCAGGAGGUUUAGGGCUGAGACUCGCUGUUGGAGGUAUGACCCUCGCCAUAACCGCUGGUGCACUAUCCAGCCUUUGCAGCGGCAGCAUGCGGACCAUUGUGUUUGUGUGGCAGGUGGUCACAUUUACGCCAUUGGAGGUCGGGAUUAUAGCAAUGAACUGGACACUGUGGAGCGCUACGACCCACGCACUAACAGAUGGGAAUAUGUAGCACCUCUAAAACGAGAGGUCUAUGCACAUGCUGGGGCCACUGUUGAUGGAAAAAUAUACAUCACUUGUGGUCGAAGAGGAAUGACCUACCUCAAAGAGACUUACUGCUAUGACCCUGCAGUGGAUGCUUGGACAGAGUGCGCACUGGGGCCAGUGGAGCGGGCCUGGCACGGCAUGGCCUCAGUGAAUGGACGUGUUUAUGUUAUCGGGGGAAGUAAUGAUCAACACGGGUAUCGACGAGAUGUUGUCAAGGUGGGAUGCUUCAACCCAGCCAAUAACUCUUGGUCUGUGGUGAACCCACUGCCCGCUGGUCACGGAGAGCCUGGUGUUGCAGUCCUGGACAGUCGCAUUUACAUCCUGGGGGGGCGCUCUCACGAUAGGGGUGACAGGAUGAAGUAUGUGCAUGUGUACAACAGCGAGGCAGAUGAGUGGGACACGGACACUGAGUUUACAGAGUGCGUCUCUGGGCUGGCCGCCUGUGUCGUUCUCAUGCCCCCUGCUGUUAUCGCUCAGACCAAGAGCUGGGAGGGCAGCAAAGCAUCAUGGGACGACGUUGCAGAAAACUCAGAGGCCUCCAGUGAGGACUGAACUGAGCCUCAGCACUACAGACUGUCAAGCACUUUUUCGGCCUUAUGGAGUUAUAUCCUAUUUUGUGGUACUAACCCAAGGUUAUAAUAUUAGCUACAGCUGGGCUAAUAUCUUUUAACAUUUUGCAAAUUCAAACCACACACUUCACUGCAUAGAUAAAAAAUUGCUCCUUAUCUAAAAGAUAACGCUUGUCUGACACUAAGCUGUUUUAUUUACUGUAGUACAUUUUUGUGUUAUUUAUUUAUAUAAAGAAUAUAUUAUUUAAAAAUGAGUAAAAACGUGGUGCAAUUGGCAAUAUCACUGCAUUUACUUUAACAUAAAGCUAUAUUAGGAUACACGUUUGUCUCGAUACACGUUUGUCAAAAUGUACUAUUGUUAAGUACAUUUUAAAUACCACUGGCAGAUCUUGCUCAUUAAUGAGAAAAUGGAAAUGGUAUAAAUGUAGAGAUGGUUUAACCUCAUCACAAAACUACUGACUUUUUAUUUUGUGCCUUUAGUCCUGUGCCUACAGAAUUAUAUUUUUUAUUGUCAGUGGUUUGUUUUUUGGGUUUUAGUUAUAACAUAUUAUGAACAUUAUAAUAAUGUUUUUCAAUGUUUAUAUUAUUAUGUGUUUAGUUAAUGAAAAGUACAUUUUGUUUGGUGCCUGAAUCAUGUGUAGAAUAAUAUUCAUUAUUCACUGUAAUUAAACAAUGAUUUAACA